CUCGUGUUCGUCGUUGAUAGCCGUGUAGUGAAUUGCAUGAUGCUUCUUAAAAAAUGCUUCUUGAAUCGGAAAGAGCAGACGCAAAUAAGUCUAUUAGAUGAUGGCACUCUGAUGAACAAAAUGAGAAAAAAUGGCCACAAAAAAGUGUCGCGACGAUGAUUGAAUUUCGAACUUUCAUUUGGUGUCACCUGCUAUUUGUAUUUCAUUUUCAAGUAGAAUUAGAAGACGCAGGGUCCAGCAGGGAGAAUGAUUGGACUCUAUUACUACUACUAGUGUGCAAGCGAUACUAAUACUAAUUGGACUACAUCUACACUAGUGGAUGCACUUUGAAGGUAUUGACGAAGGAAGUAAUGACUAGUACGACACAUUAUCAGCUAUAGCUUUACCCCAUGGGAUUCCAGAUAUUUUUUUUUUCGCGAAAGUGAUUCUGAUCUGAUUUUACGUUAUUUGUAGUAACUCGUUAAUAUGUUGAUAAUAAAUGAGUUGAUCUAUUGACUCUUUUCAAUCAGUGAGAUUGCUGUUGAUUGGUACUUAAUUCUUGUUGCUUGUUUUUGUUGUGGAACUACAGGAAGAGGAACUUACUUGUAUCGAGGUAAUUGACAACGUACACUCACUGAGAUAGGCGGGUACAAUAGUACAUGGGACCAUUGCAAUCACGUGAACAAAAAAUGCCGUCCGUCAGCUCAAAGUCGAUUUCCGUGGCGCCAGCUGGUAAUUUUUUAUGACAUCAACAUCUCCCAAAAAUCGCAGGAAGAUUGUAGAGCGUGAAGAGGCGUUUUCUUGAAGUGGAGAAGUGGCAUGUUUUUACAAGAAUCAAUAGGCCUCUUACAUGUGAGUUUGGUUAAUUACCAUCUGUUGUAUUUUCUGUUCUAAGUAUAAGUAAAUCUAUUUCUAUACCUGUUACCAUGUCUACCGAGUUGGAAAUGCAAUGGAAUUCUCAAAAUAUAUUGUAUUUGUAACCUUCCCUCUAGAUUUGAUGCCAUGAAGAUGAUGUAAAAGUUGUAUCGACAGCAACAUCUAGUGCUGUUUAUUAUUCGUGGAAAUGAUGAAAACUCCUCAUGUAUUAAAUCAAUGACCGUCGCACGGACAGUACUAUCAACAGCGUCCGCCCUGACCACUUACAUCAAAAUACUUGUACUUCCACUUCAUGAAGAACAACCAGAACUCAAAGUAAGCCCGUCUUCUUCAACAUUAGUAAGAGGAAGUGGUGCUGCUACCGGAAGUAGUAGAUGUUCUAGUACAUCAUCAAAUAGAUAUCUCACAAUACACGAGGAUGAAGAAAGCACAUCAACCAGCGAUGAAAAGCACAGGGGCGUCAAGCUCCUCAUCCUCCUCCACCUCAGGAAAAAAGCAAGAAGUAACUUCUCGUAGGGGAAAAAAGAAGGAGGUUAAAGACAACAAGAAGGCUACUGCCCCGGCGAAAAAAUCUGCCUCGAAAACAGGGAAGCUCGCCGCUCUUCGAAAAAAGGCAGCCUCUGUCAUGAAGAAGCCCAGAUCAUGCUUCUCGACGUCUGCGACGAGUAAAAAGACGACGAAACUGACGAAGAAGAAGUCUGCAGCACUUGGAGAGCAAAAGAGUGAAAUUAAAAAGGUUAAACCUUUUUCAACGUCGAUGAAAAAUGUACCCGGACCGGCAGCCAGCGUUUCUACGAACAAGAACGAGAAGAAUAAAGAGGCGAAGGAUCAUAAGCGAGGGUCCUCGACGAAAAAAAGCGAAAAGUCUCCGACAAAAAUGCCAGCUGGUGAAAAUCCCUCGUCACCCAGUCGACCCAACAAGACGCGCCCUGCCUCUUCGUCUAGUGCCAAAAAGGUUUCAUCGGUUGCGUUGAAAAGCAAUAUUCCCGUAAUGAAGUGGUCCGCGGGUACCAAAAAGAAAAAGAAUAUGCCUGCGACGUCUACUAGAGCUAGUCGUGGUGAGAAGAAGAACGAUAGCCAUAACGAUGCAAAAACACUACUGCAGCAAGCACCCGUGGCUAGGAGCUCCUGCAGCAGCUCAUCCUCGUCGUCAAAACCCACGUCCGCCUUCUCGAACAACAGUCAGGUCUCUACAACUCCUGUCGAGGACGGCCGCCCUCGUGCUGUCUUGACGCCUGCCGAAAGCAGCGUCUUCUGUGGUAACAUCGACAGCACCCAAAUUAUUCCGCCUGUGUGUAAAAAAGGUUCUAACGCUUUGGCGCCCAUCUGUGAAGAUGAAGAACAAGUAGAAGAAGACAACAAGAGGGUUAUCACGACCACGAUCGGCGUAGGUGGGCACUUUUUCCCGAAUGCAACACUGCCGGACGGCCCCGACGCAGCUCUUCUUCAAGGAGAAACGUCUACACUCAGCGGAGGAAACCGCAAUCCUGCGUUGGGCGAGCUUCUAAAUGGCAUCGAGAAAGGCGCUCUGACAGGAGAUUCGCAGAUUGUCUCCACAGAAAAAGGCGACGUUAAUCCGGCUUUUUCGGUAUAUCUACAGGAGCAGGGCAUCGAAAGAGGCGGCCUUACGGGCGACUCGGACGUCGCAAAAAUAGGCCAUGGCGAAGCCGGCUUUUUUACAGCGUCAGAAGGCGUGUUUGCAACUGGUAGGAUAGAGCAGGAUCCAAACAAGCGCUUGCUCUUGGGUGGCGCAAUGUCCCCCAAAUCCUCGGAGAUGUCAGAAUUUGAAGGGUCGAAGAGUGAGCAAGAACUUCUCUCCUCAGUCGUCGGCAAGAAAACAACAUCAGCGAGAACGGUCACAACUGCAGGACGUGGCAAUAGUAAGGCAAUGACGUCGAAUAUCACAGCGACGUCGUCUUGUUCUCCUUCUAGCAAAAACAAGAGCGCAAAGACCACCACCACCAGCCGUGACGUUGAAAAAAAAUCGUCGUCGAGCAGCAGUUCUUCAUCAUGUGCAGUUGAUGGCACAGAAUUGUCUUCGGUCUGCUUGAUGGGGCCUGAAGUCAACCCGAAUCAGCUAAUUGACGUCGACCGACAUGUCGACUGGCGUGACUAUAGCUAUGGCGACGACUGCGACUUUGGAGGCGUGAGCUACUACCCCAACAGGGAUCCGGCUGAGUAUUGUACUGGGUCUGAAGACAUGCCGAGCACCCUCAACCAGAACGCGGAUCAUGUAGGGCUAAUUACCCCUGCCGCGGAGGGGUGGGGUCAAGAGGUGAGCGCGGCCCUCGACAGAACCCCAACGAAUCUCCUAGCUGCGGACCUGAGUGAACCUCUUAGUCCUGUGUUCUCUCCCAAUAACAAUGUGAAUGCUAAUACUCGUACCACGAAGAACCAGCGAGUAUCAUAUGCGAAGCACCAGGCUGAAGAUCACGUAGAAGUGCUGCCAAGACAACCGAAAGAACAUCAAGAUAAAGAUCAAGUAGCUGUAGGACGACAAAUGAAAGAUCAAUCUCCAGUGCCUGACUACAGCCAGCGUCGAGAAAAAAUAGAUAUGCCUCCAUGGUACGCCCGGCCAGGGUCGGGCUCAUGGGAACCGCUCAAAAACCCGAAUAAGGAAGAGCUAGCCUACGAACGGCGGCGCAAUUAUGCCUCUUUUGGCCUUCUACACAUACAUGAUCAAGAGAUGAAGAAGAAAGGAGAUGCUGAAGAAAAAGUAGUGACCACUUCGGUUAGUUGUAAACUCAAUGAGCAAGAAGGGCAAUCUGCGGAUAGUGGCGGGCUUCUUGGAGAUGGUGCUGUGAGUGUCCAUCCAGGCUUACAACAAGUUGAGGCAGACAACGACAUCGUCCAUCGGGGCUUUGCUUCUUGCUCUAGGGAGGUAGCACAGGAUCUACAACUGUUUGCAAGGGCGAGAAAAGACGACCACACGAGCGACCCGCUAAACGUUCAUCGAGAGGAAAAGACUGCAGUUGAAGAUCGUAUGCUACCGAACUUGUUAGACUCAACCCCUGCCAUGAAGGUCGUUGAAAAGCGAGGUGCUGAUGCUGAUGUAAUUCCGGUUCUCUCGCACAAUGCUGGCGGACGAGGGAAAAAAACGAAAAAGAAAAAAUCGGAAGCUGCUCCAACUUCUCCGAAAGCUGUCAAUAACUGGAGAAGCAGUGCAUCUUCAUCAUUCUCGUCGCCAUCCAUUUCCAAUAAAAUCAAGAAGAUAAGGUUAAAGAACCUCGCGAAACCAGCAGAAGCACCACUUGUAAACGUAAUGAAGAGGACGAGCAAGAAUGAGAAGCAAAAGCCCUCGUCUAAGCAAGAAGCGCCUGCAUCGACAUCAUCUUGCUCGUCUUUUUCGACGGACGAAGCAAACGCGAUGAAGAGGAAAGUCGAAGCUUCAUCAACAUCUUCGCCAAAAUAUACUGGAAAAAACGACACCAAGGACAAGAACAAGAAAGAACCCGAAUUAUCCUCUACUAGUCCUUCCUCUCGUCGUUGUUCUAAAAGAGAAGUAGAUCAUGUUGAUCUUGCUGACAAAAAGAAUCCCGUGGCGUCCACCAGCAACAAGAGCAUGAAAAUCAAAAAACUGAACAAGCCAAUCAAGUCUUCAUUACUAUCAAAGGUAAAAAAGAUCAUGUCUUCUAGUAAAAUAAAAGCCUCAUCAGCUGUCUCUUGCUCUUCAAACAAUUCCGUAUCUUCGAAUUCAGCUGCUCGGCCAUUUGCUGCACCGGCAGAGCAGAAGCGCAAGCAGAAUGGACUUGCUUCGGGUCUUUGCAUCGCGACGUUUUUGGACGGCAAAAAAUGUAACGAGGAAUGGGCUGAACCAUUUGUACCGUACUGCAAAAAGUGCAUGAAAAACGGCGACCCAUCAGUCAAAGUCAUGCCGCAUCCGAGAUUCGGUAAAGUCCAUUAACUUUGCUAGAAGUAAGUACUUACUUGUACUAGUGCACAUACAAUCAACACAAUGUGAACGUGAAGAAUACUUUGCUCAUGAUGCAGCUGACAGUUGUUUUGUAAUUCAUUGAAUACUGAUGAUGAAGGAGCACAGAACGGACCAACUUCUCGUGUUUGUACUAGUAGGUAGUACAUUUUUCACAUUACAGUCUACGGACGGAAUGAAGUACCACCACCAGGUAAAAUGCUCGUGGCUGGAAGGGAUCUACCAAGAGGGUAUAGGAUGGCGCUCUGGGGCAAAGUAUACCCGGAAAACGAGAUGCCAGAGGCGGAUAAAGAGUGGGGAUUUGAGUGCGCAGAUGGAACGUAUAACCCGAUUUCCUAUUUUAGACCCUGUGAGACAAUCACAAUCAUUUUCAAGCCCUGUAACAUCAAAGAAGAAUAACAUAUAUACAUCCUCAGGUUCAUCAAUCCAGUGCCAUAUCCUGCUUCGCAGCCACAGUUCUGCCAGUGUCCCGGACCCAAUGAGCGUGUCACUGUGAACUUUUCACACCCCCAUUUGCUCAUCGAAGACUCACCGAAAAAAGGGCAGAAGAGGCAGCAGGAGUUCGCGUCAAUGGUACUUCUACUUCGUACCCAGUUGUAGUAGUUGUCCUCCAUAUAUAAUUUGUACGGGUCGUGCGUCGUCGUCGUGGCUAGUACUGAUUUUUGUGGAGUUUUUUGUGCUUGUUGUAAGUAAGGAGUUUCAUUAUUGCGCUUGUGGCCUAUUCCCAGAACCAAUUAAGUACUUGCGACCCCUCAUCCUUUUCUCAGCUUUUCCAGACCUCAAUGGAUGUGCCCAAGAAUCACCAAUUGGUGAUGAUGUAUGCGGAAAACGAGAAGGCUACGGAGUUCUUCUUCAGCGAGAGAGGACUUGACCGGUGUGACGUCUGGACAGAAAAGUAUCCGACAAUUCUGAAAAAGAAAGCCGACGUAAAGAAUCUCAAGGUAAGAAAAACAUUUUGUUGUCUUACCUAAGUUGUAUCUAACUCACCACUUUGAACAGAAAAGUCCUGGACGAGGGAAUCGACAUUUCACAAUCAUCUACGGGAUCGUUGUGGUUGAUAAACUUACUGAUGGCAUUCGUGCUGUAACAAGUAAAAUAAGAGUACUAGCGACUGCGACAGCAGACCAAUCUUCGUAGAAAGGAGGCAAGCUCUAAUAGAUCUUACGCCCGUUGGGUCCGCAUCCAGCACGAAGUCCUCGACAAAAAAGAGCAAAACAAAUGAGAAAAAGCCGGAGACAAAAGCCAGCGCGAGCACCGGUAAGACCAAGAGCAAACCAGCGACGAGGAAGAACAGCAACACAAACGCAAAGGGUGGCAAGAAGGGCGCGACGACAAAAAUGAAAGCUGUGAUGAAGACCAGCGGGAAAAAGUAGUAUGCAUGCCAUGCGAUUGUGAUACUAAAGAUCUUGAUCUUGUUUUACCUGCCUCACAGAAUUGUCUGUGCCCCAAAUGUAAUUCUACUUGCGCAAAAAUUAACAAACAUCUGACACUAUCUGUUUGUUUUUGAAUUUCUGCAAUCUUCAUGGUCAUGUAGCACCCCACGACUGUGCGCCGCACUACCAAUUGAUGUAGAAUGCUGGAUGUAGUUUUUUCAUUUUUAAGUUCUUGCGCCCUCGUCUUCAUGAAGAAACGCUUUCGUCAAAUCAAGAUCCACGCAUGUGUGCUAGACCUACGAAGGUGAUUCAACGAAAAAAGUGCUGGUGUUACAUCUUCCCAAAGAUUGUAGCGAUUGUUGCCCUCGCACAUGCGGCAGCUAUGAUCGAUAAUAUGAUGUCGUUUUUAUAGUAACAAUUUCCAUCAUAUUAAGUAAUUGUCAUUUUCAUUCCUGAUCGCCGAAAGCACAUCAGCUAGUAUAGCAUCGAGUUUUACGCGAUCCUAUUCACUCUAGUAAAUGAACCCGAUUAUUUUAAGUACUUGAAAACUGAAAAUAACUGAGUUACUGACUGAAAUAAGGGAGGCAGCUUUGACAGGGCUACCCGUCCUUGUUCAGUAUCUCGCUUAUUUUAUGUAGUUACUCGCUUAUUUCAGUUUUUUAUCGAAUAUUUGUGAACACGCACCCACAACAUCAUCAACAAAAUGAUCUGUCUCAUUCAACGUCCCCCCCCCUUCAGCCCUUUUGGGAAUCUUGCCAAUGCCUGAACUUAUAUCAAUUUUACGACCGCAUUUGGUACGGAGAAGUCAGACUGACAGCACGC